UUAUGUAAAUCUUUUAUUUUUUUAUUUUGUUUAAAACGAUUAAUAGUAUAAUUUACUGUUACAAAUGGUUUCUCUCAAAACAAACAAAGCCUAAUAGGAAACGUGUCGGUGUUUUGUGUCCGGCGAACUUUCACCUACCUUUCACCUACCUUUCCAUACGACGCGACCUUAUUUCAACCCUCUCUUAGUACUACCUUCAACACUUCUUUUUAUCUCAGCCUACUCCUCUGCCAUCUCUCUCGCACUCUCAACUUCGCAAUGGCUUCAGGCACCAACGAGAUAGCCCAUGAUUUCCCGCCGUUCUUCAAAGCAUACAAAGAUGGCCGCAUAGAGAGGUACAGCUCCCACGAUCACGCCCCCGCCGGCCUAGACCCGAACACCGGCAUUCAAUGUAAAGACGUGGUGAUCUCGCCCGAGACCGGUUUGUCGGCCCGAAUCUUCAUCCCUAAAAUCAACCGCCCAGAUCAAAAGUUUCCGCUACUCGUCCACUACCACGGCGGAGGCUUCUGCAUCGGAUCACCGUUCGAUACGAUUACUCACAAAUUCAUCACGUCCUUCAUUCUCCAAGCCAACGUGAUAGUUGUUUCCGUCGACUACAGGCUAGCCCCAGAGCACCCUCUACCAAUCGCAUACGAUGACUCGUGGGCCGCGCUGCAGUGGAUCGCUGCGCAUUCAAACGCGCAAGGACCCGAACCGUGGCUGAACGAGUAUGCGGAUUUCGGGCGCGUUUUCUUGACGGGUGAGAGUGCAGGAGCCAACAUCAGCCACCACGUGGCAGUCCGAGCUGGUGCCGCCGGAUUGGCUGGCCUGAAGAUCAUCGGGGUGCUCAUAGUGCACCCGUUCUUUGGAGGCAAAGAUCGUGAUGACAUGUACAAGUUUCUGUCCUCCACAAGUUCCGGUUGUAGUGACGACACGAAACUGAACCCGGCCGUAGAUCCAGAUCUAUCAAAGAUGGGGUGCGCCAAGGUCCUGGUGUGCGUGGCAGAGAAGGACUGGCUGAAAGAUAGGGGCGUUACCUACGCGGAGACUUUAAGAAAGAGUGGUUGGGGUGGAGGUGUGGAAUUGAUAGAAAGCAAAGGAGAGGACCAUUGCUUUCACUUGUUCAAUGCUGAGAGUGAAGAAGCUGCGCAACUGAUGAAAAAGUUAGGUGAUUUUGUUGCAGGGAAGUAGUCGUAGUCGUAGUAGUAGGGUGUUGGGAAGGAGAUGAUAAAUUGCUAAAUGUUAAAGAAUAAAAGGUUUUUUUUUUUUUUUUUUUUAAUUCUGCAUGCUAUCUACUCAUGUUCUGGAUUUGUUACUAAUUACAGUACUAAAAUGGUUUCUUCCUUUCA